GCCCGGCACUGCAGCACCGGGGGGAGGAGGCGAGGCGGUGGAGGAGGAGGAGGACCGCAGCGUGCAAACCGUGAGCCACUUUCCCGCCCCUCCUCUCGCCGCUGACACGUUCAGAGGAGUUACCACUCCGCGCGCUGCAGGAGAGAGCGGCAGACGGAGGCGGCCCCGGGGAACGAACCGGAGCGACGCCCGCGCGGCUGCGGCUGAAGCGCUGACACUCCUGGGCAGAGGGUCCCUGGCGGCUGGAGCGUUCCAUUUUGAACCCAAAGUGGAAGAUGCUAUCAGGACUGAACCACUGACCAGAGUCUGAAAAACUCCCAUCUUCUAGUUGGCCAUCGGUUGAGCUAGGAUGGAAGACUCUUAUAAGGAUAGGACUUCCCUGAUGAAGGGUGCCAAGGACAUUGCCAGAGAGGUGAAGAAACAGACAGUUAAGAAGGUGAAUCAAGCGGUGGACCGCGCCCAGGAUGAAUACACGCAGAGGUCCUACAGUCGGUUCCAAGACGAGGAAGAGGAUGACGACUACCCCCCGGGAGAAACCUACAACGGGGAGGCCAAUGAUGAUGAAGGCUCCAGUGAAGCUACUGAGGGCCAUGAUGAAGAUGAUGAAAUCUAUGAAGGGGAGUAUCAGGGCAUCCCCAACACGAACCAGGGGAAAGACAGCAUCGUGUCAGUGGGGCCACCCAAGGGCAGCGAGUACAAGGACCGCCGGGAGCUGGAGUCAGAGAGGAAAGCUGACGAGGAAGAACUCGCCCAGCAGUACGAGCUGAUAAUCCAAGAGUGUGGUCACGGCCGCUUUCAGUGGGCUCUUUUCUUUGUCCUGGGCAUGGCCCUGAUGGCAGAUGGCGUGGAGGUGUUUGUCGUGGGCUUUGUGUUGCCCAGCGCUGAGACAGACCUGUGCAUCCCAGAUUCAGGGUCCGGAUGGCUAGGCAGCAUAGUGUACCUCGGGAUGAUGGUGGGGGCCUUCUUCUGGGGAGGACUGGCGGACAAAGUGGGAAGGAAGCAGUCUCUUCUGAUUUGCAUGUCUAUCAACGGAUUCUUUGCCUUCCUUUCUUCAUUUGUCCAAGGUUAUGGCUUCUUUCUCUUCUGUCGCUUGCUUUCUGGAUUCGGGAUUGGAGGAGCCAUUCCCACUGUGUUCUCCUACUUUGCUGAAGUGCUGGCCCGAGAGAAGCGGGGGGAGCAUCUGAGCUGGCUCUGCAUGUUCUGGAUGAUCGGCGGCAUCUACGCCUCUGCCAUGGCCUGGGCCAUCAUCCCGCACUACGGCUGGAGCUUCAGCAUGGGGUCGGCCUACCAGUUUCACAGCUGGCGUGUGUUUGUCAUCGUCUGCGCCCUCCCCUGUGUCUCGUCAGUGGUGGCCCUCACGUUCAUGCCUGAAAGCCCACGGUUCUUGUUGGAGGUUGGAAAACAUGAUGAAGCCUGGAUGAUUCUGAAGUUAAUUCAUGACACAAACAUGAGAGCACGGGGUCAGCCUGAGAAGGUCUUCACGGUAAACAGAAUCAAAACCCCACGGCAAAUAGAUGAGCUGAUUGAGAUUGAGAGUGACACAGGAACAUGGUACCGGAGGUGUUUUGUUCGGAUCCGCACAGAACUGUAUGGAAUUUGGUUGACUUUUAUGAGAUGUUUCACCUACCCCGUCAGGGAAAAUACCAUAAAGCUUACCAUUGUUUGGUUCACGCUGUCCUUUGGGUACUAUGGAUUAUCCGUUUGGUUCCCUGAUGUCAUUAAACAUCUGCAGCCGAAUGUAUUGAAAAAUACAAAUGACCCAAGAGUGACAUUUUCAGAUUUUACUAUUAACUUUACAAUGGCAAAUCAGAUUAAUAUUGGAAUGGAAUACGAGAAUGGCAGAUUCGAAGGGAUCAGGAUGAAAUCCGUAACUUUCAAAGAUUCCGUUUUCAAGUCCUGCACCUUUAAGGAUGUGACGUCAGUCAACACCUACUUCAAGAACUGCACGUUUAUUGAUACCGUGUUUAACAACACUGAUUUUGAGCCAUAUAAAUUCAUUAACAGCGUAUUUCAAAACUGCUCAUUUUCUAACAACAAGACAGGAUGCCCAAUUACCUUUGAUGAUGACUAUAGUGCCUACUGGAUUUAUUUUGUCAACUUCCUGGGAACAUUGGCAGUGUUGCCAGGGAACAUCGUGUCUGCUCUCCUGAUGGACAGAAUUGGGCGCUUAACGAUGCUAGGUGGCUCCAUGGUGCUUUCAGGGAUCAGCUGUUUUUUCCUGUGGUUUGGCACCAGCCAAUCUAUGAUGAUAGGCAUGCUGUGUCUGUACAAUGGCUUGACCAUCUCGGCCUGGAACUCUCUGGACGUGGUCACCGUGGAACUGUACCCCACAGAUCGGAGGGCGACAGGCUUUGGCUUCCUGAAUGCACUAUGCAAAGCGGCCGCCGUGCUUGGCAACUUAAUAUUCGGCUCCCUGGUCAGCAUCACCAAAGCAAUCCCCAUCCUGCUGGCCUCCACCGUGCUCGUGUGUGGAGGACUGGUGGGCUUGCGCCUGCCUGACACACGAACCCAGGUCCUGAUGUAAUGGGAAAAAAAGCCAUCCAUCCUGUGUUUCUUUCUCCUGCCCUGUGUCCCCUCUCCCGGCUGACUCAAGGCUCCAGACUUUUCAGAGAUAGAAAGGUGGUCAAAUACCAGAACACUGUCUUGCUGUGACUCAAAUUUAGACGCAUACCAUCUUGCCUCUUACAGGUGAUUUUGCACAGUUUGGGCUUUGUUUGGUUUUGUUUUCUCUCCAUGCAUUGUUGUCUUUCCUACCUGUGAUGCUGCUGCCUCCUAGAAUCAGCGGAAGGAUUUUUUUUUUCAAUGUCCUGGUCAGCCGGGCUGGCCUGAGCUUCUGCUCACUGAAGGUUUAGAAGUUAGGAUGAGGUCUGGGCUGCUGUAAGAAACAGAUCCUGUUCCUAAUUCAGCGUUCGCAGGAAAUAUAAGUGGGCAUUUUAUUGCAUUUGUGCUGAGGAGAGGGAUUUUUUUUUUUUUUUUUUUUUUUGUCAGAGUGAUAUUUCCUGUUUACUUAGAGAAGGACACCCAGCAAUUCUUGCUGUUACAGCAGGGCCUUUCAGACAAAACCAUGUGGCACCAAACAGAGCCGGGUGGGGCUCUUUCAGGCGUGACGAUUAAGGUGACUCUGGUGACAAGAAAAAUAGAGGCUCUGCAGUUAGCAGCAGAGCUCUGAGUGAGCUGCAUAAGCAGCGUUUCUACCAGAAGACUCAGGGAAGCUCCUGAAGAACACAAGAGAAGGGGACUGUAACUCUGUCUGGGGCUGUGGCUUGUGGUUCAGAACAUCAGAAAAUCAGAGCUCAUAGCGAUCUGCUUUUAUUCACCCCUGUCCCCCACCCUGCUCCCAGCUGCCACUUUCUAAAAACAGGGACUGACUCCUUAUUGCUGCCCAUCACCCAGACUCGCUCAUCUGGAACUUAUCCCUCAUCUAAGCUGUUGUAAAUUGCAAAUGAGGAAGAAAUUCACUCCACAGCCAUUGGUAAAAGCCAGAUGAUACCUCCAAGGGACCAGUUUCCAGAGGGCCAGUGCCCCCGGGGGUAUUGACAUUGGACGAAUCAGCCUCACCCAAGCCCGUCCCAUUCCACUAGCUUUCGCUGGGCUGGUGCCCUGGUCAGUGCGUUCCUGGCCGCUGCCUCCGUGUGAAAACCUCGCCUGCUGUGCUCCAGGGGCCUCAGGCAGACAAGGGCAGCACCUCCCGGUGGGUUUUGGCUGCUCGUUUUACCUCUGAAAUCUGCCUGGGCCUGGAAGAGAGAGGUCAGCAGGACAUUCCCAGGGGCUGUCAGCUGCGUGACCUUCUCACCCCUCGGGCCGGCCCCCCUCCACGCUGGUCCCUUUUACUCAUCUUCUUUGACAUCGGAAGCCUCCAUGCAGACGUGCUGUGAUGACCAGCAGCCAGCAACAAAUCCCACGUUAAAACACUAUUCCUUUUUUCAACUCUCUCUGUCUUGUUCCAGGGUUCUCCUGGUUCCUUAUUAUAGGCAUUUCCAACAGGCCAAGCUCCGAGGAGGGAGAGCCUUUGUUUCCAGUAGCCAUCACACUCAAAGAUGUCUUAACCCCAAAGGUCACUCCGCCUCCCUCUCCCCUUCCUAAUAAUCCUCCUAGAGCUCAGGACGGCAGAGUUCAGGCCCUGUGAAAAGCUUCUUUCAUUAACAGAAGCCAUUAAUCGACUCUCCCUUGAAGUAAGUCAGGCUGGGACGGUGAGGGGUGGGGGGUGGGCAGCUUGGUUUGGG